CCCCUCUUCCCCACUCAGGAGGGCGAUAUUGCCAUGCUGUCAAUACAGGUCCACAUCAGGUGCUGCCGCAAGACAUGGAAGGAGGUCCGUUCUGCCCUGCUCCACUCUGCUCACCACAACCGUCUAGCCUUGGGAGAGUAACCAAGCAUGGAAAUUUAGCGGAAGAAAAGCUCUUGCAAAAGAAGAAGUCAUCUGCUAAUGACUAACACAUCCUGUUGAAGGAUGACUGCAAAUCUGGAUAAGCUGUGCUCAAAGGCAACCAUUUCACUAGCCGUUCUCUGCAUAUGCAUCUUCAGUUUCCAAGUCAAUGCGUUUUCAUUGACAAACUGCACCGUCUCUGGUGCGCUAAACGACACUGAGGGGUUGAAAGUUCUUUGCUACAACAUGGGCUUCUGUAAGGUUCCUUCGCCGAUACCCAGCAAUGUCAGAUAUCUAGACAUGUCCUUCAACUCCAUUUCAAACAUCAGAGUUGAAGAAUUUGACGACCUUAGUUACUUGAGUUACCUAAACUUAUCUAACAGUAAAAUCUCAUGGAUACAAGAAGGUACCGCAGAGCAUUUUCCCCACUUGAUCAAUCUUAACCUGGCCAACAACAACUUGAAAGGAGUGUCAAGAGGUCUACUGGACGGUCUAGCCGACCUGCAAGUGCUGCGUCUCGAUGGAAAUAACAUCGAACACAUUGACAAAUUAGCUUUUAGUAAUCUUCGGAAUAUGAAGGUGUUGAACCUUACGAAAAAUAACCUCCAGCAGAUUGCCAACAUCAAACCAGUGAUUUUGUCACCAGGGUUGGAGGAAUUGUUAAUCGGAAGCAACAACUUUGACGUUUUCAACUCGUAUGACAUGCCGAGGACGUCUUUGUCGCUGAAAAAAAUCGAUUUUUCUUACAAUCCCUUGACCAAGUUCCAAAUAACUGAAAAUAUAUUCCCAAAUCUAGACUACCUUGAUAUAUCAUACUGCGGCCAAAACAGGACAAUGCUAUGGAAUAUUACUGAUAAGACUUUUCUGAAUUCAGUAAAAGUACUGAAUCUGACCGCAGUGCACAUUCCAGAAGAGAACAUCGCUGCUAUACUUCACGAGGUCUCCUGGGCUUCUUUGUUUAAACUCAGAUUAAAUGAAUUGAAACGGAUGAACACAAAGACUCUGUUACAGUAUGCAUGCUUGCCUGGAAUUAGGGUGCUACGCAUGCAACGCAACAAAAUCUCAAAACUGACAGCUUAUAUGCUUGAUCCCUGCUCUAACUUGACCGAGCUAGACUUUGGAGAUAAUGAAAUAUCACAUAUUUCUCUGCCCGUAUUCAAAGAACUAACACAGCUGAGGGUACUCCAUCUACAAAUUAACAGACUGACCAAGGUCGAGAAUUUGUUCCGAAAUCUUCCGUUGCUUGAAUUCCUAGACCUCAGUAGAAACAGGAUUACCAGAUUAACCUGUUCAGACUUUGCCAAUUUAACACAAUUGAGUUCGCUGUAUUUGUACAGCAACAGAAUUUCGAAACUUCCUUCAUGCGCAUUUAAAGAUCUGAAUAAUCUCGAAAUUUUAAGGCUGGGAUCGAAUAAAUUGUUGACAAUUGACACUGCUUUUGAAAAUGACUUGCCUUCUUUGAAGGUUUUGCAACUGACAUAUAAUAAGUUAAGCACACUACCCAAGGAGAGCUUUAAGGGUUUGUCUAAUCUUAGGACCCUUGACAUCGGGGAAAAUCAGAUUUCUGAGAUUGAACCACAUGCGUUUUCAGGACUGCUAAAUCUAACUGAAUUAUUACUUUCCUCAAACAGGAUAACGGAUAAAGCUAUACGAGACGAGAAAGUGUUCUCAGGCAUGCCUGAACUGAAAACGCUAGAAAUAUAUAGCAAUUUAAUUUCUUACGUCGAUGAUACAUUGGGGAUGCCCCCUUUUCUACUCUUAGGUUCGCUGGAGAUUUUGUCUAUUCAUAGUCAAAGACGAGGUUUUGGUAAAAUUCCCUCAAACCUUCUUCAAGGUUUAACCUCCUUGAAAAUGUUCUAUGGUGGAAGCAUGAACCUGAAAUAUCUACAUCCUGAUACGUUCAGCUCCACUCCUAAACUUUGGUUUUUGGACCUCUCAAAGAAUUCAUUUGCGGAUGACAAAUCCAUAACCGCCAACGUUUUCCACCCGAUCCCAAAGCUGAGUAAGCUCAUCAUCUCUAGAUCUCAGAUUCAUUCUCUGAAUUUCGUAUUAAAUGCAAACCUCUCCAGGCUGUCAGUCAUUAAAGCGUCUGAGAAUAUGUUAGACGUCAUCAAUCAAACGCUGAUUCGGUCACUCCCUAAACUGAGAUUCCUCGAUUUAAUGAAAAACACCUUCACUUGUGACUGUAACAAUGCUUUUUUCAUUGAAUGGGCUUUGAAAAGUAAUUACACCCAAGUUGUUUACCUGAGUAGAUAUACCUGUAGCUACCCACUAUCGCUGAGAGGCAAGAGCAUUUUAGACCUCAAAACAGAGUGGUGUAAUGUGAAUAUAGACUUUAUCAUGUUCGUGCUCAGCUCUGUCAUCGUUACACUUACCCUUCUGGUGUCGUUCAUUUAUCAGUUCUUCCAAUGGCAGAUUUUGUAUGCAUACUACCUAUUCGUCGCCUUCCUGUAUGACAGCAAAAGGAAACAGAUACACCAGCAACACGGAUACAAAUACGAUGCCUUUAUUUCCUACAAUGCCCGAGAUGAACCUUGGGUCGUCAAGGAGCUGCUCCCUAAUUUGGAAGGUGAGCAGGGCUGGAGACUCUGUCUGCAUCAUAGGGACUUUGAGCCAGGAAGAUCCAUCAUAGACAACAUCAUGGACGGGAUAUACAGCAGUCGAAAGACCAUUUGCGUGAUCACGAACAAUUAUUUGAGGAGCACGUGGUGUUCCAAGGAGAUCCAGAUGGCUAACUUCAGACUGUUCGAUGAGCAAAAGGAUGUAUUAAUCCUGAUAUUCCUGGAGGAUAUUCCUACCCACCAACUGUCUCCCUACCAUCGGAUUCGUAAACUGGUAAAGAAGAAGACUUACCUCAAAUGGCCCCAAAAUGGAGAAUAUACAAGGUUUUUUUGGCAGAAACUGAGAAUGGCUUUAGAGACAAAAGAAGGCCCAGAAGGGGAGAAACCUCUUCUCAAUGGACAAGGGGAAUGUGAUUAUUGAACUAACCUUAAACUGUAAAGUUUAUCAUUCAUGCCAGGGGUGUCAAACUCAUUUUAGUUCAGGGGCCACAUACAGCCUAAUUAGAUGUCAAGUGGGCCAGGCCAGUAAAAUCAUAUUAUAAUUACCUAUAAAUAACAAUAAGUCCAUGUUUUUCCCUUUCUUUUCGUGCAAAGAAGUACAAGUACAUUAGGAAAAUCUUCUUAUUUAAUGAAAUAUCCUUUUACAAAAACAUAUCAUGAACAACCUCAUAUUUCUUAAGACAAACAUAUGCAAUUUGUUUCUGAUUAUCAUUUACAUGUGUGCAUUACAGCUGGUCACAGUGUAAUAACAAACUGCAGAAGGCGCAUUGCUACCGUCUGAUGUUCGGUCCGAGUCCCAGAGUUGUGCCGCGUCUUCUACUCUGAUUAAAACAGUGCGCCCCUAGCGGAUAAUUUAGGAAUAGCAUUUUAUUUAAAAAUUUCUAGUUCAUGUUUUUUAUGCUUUUUUUCACUUUCAGACUUUAUCCUGCGCGUUGGAUUGCAGGACGGUUUUGGAACGUUCGUCUGACACCCCUGAUUUAUGCAGUCUGUUUUUUUUUGUUUGUUUUUUUUAAUCAAGGAAUGAAAUUGAAUUUCAUUGCGUUCUGUGUGUCAAACACUGUCUCAUUGUUUCAGAUAUAAGGGUAUAGUUAGAGUGGUGUGGAGAUACAGGAACCGUGUCAGCAGCUCCUCUUCAUCUAAAUUUGCUGACCUUUGAACCUAAAGUGGGCACAGUACGUGCUGACAUGGUAUUCAUUAUUCAGAGUAGUGCUGAACAAUGGGUUCUGUCCUCACUUUGUUCUGAAUUUUACCCCCCAGCAGGAGUCCCACCCUCUACACAGGAGGCUAUAACGGCCUCGUACUCUGCAAAGCUGAUUAUUUUGUACAGGAAGAAAUGUUCUCUAUAUCAUUGUUUACAAAAAGUUAAUAGAAAAUGCCUGAAUCAGAGGGCUAGAUCCCUCAAAUCAAUUUAUUAUUGCUAAUAUAAACAAAAACAGAUCAUAUUAAACAGUAAUUGUUGAAUGUUUGGAUCAUGUGUGUGACUACAUUUUAUAAAUCGGUAUACGUCCCAAAUCUUCAUGACUGCACAUUACCUAAAACGACUAUUGAUUAUGGGGAUUAAGUGAGAUUAGACAGUGAGAUGUUAGUUAAAAGACUACAACAACAGGGUGGUGCAAUGUGACCCGAUGUGAAGCGGAGCUACUCUUACCACCCAGAAAUAUGUAUAAACAAUCCUCCGUCCUGAAGACUUUCCCAUGG